UGCUCGCUUGCUUUGCCCAACAAAAAAGCGAUCGAUCAAACGUAAAUAAGACGAUAUUAAACAAAUAACCUAAGUAUAUAAUUCAUUAAUAUUAGGCAACUACACUAUAAGUGCAUAAUAAGAAAAAAUGCGUCAUGUCUUUAAAAAGAAGAUUGUUUACUGUGGUGUCAUUGUCGUAACAUUGAUAAUUUUACUGCAUCCUGAUAUGAAUGCUAGUCGUUCUUACGAGUAUAUCGAAAAAGACAAUAUUCUUAGUAACCUACAUGAAGCAACUGCUGAGAACUUUACUAGCACCGCCGUACUUGACUGUGAUUAUAAUGAUAUUAUACACGAUGAAACUACUCUGUCCAUUAGUUUAGUCGACGGAGACCUGAUAGAAGGACACAAGAUUAAGGAAGGGGGAGAAUAUGCUCCGUCUAGCUGUAAACCGAAGUAUAGCACAGCUAUUAUUGUCCCAUACAGGGAUAAAGCUGAACAGUUACGUGGAUUCCUAGUCUACAUGCACACAUACUUCCAUCGUCAACAUAUCCACUACAGAAUCUAUGUUGUAGAACAAGUGGACUCCCGCCCCUUCAAUAGAGCCAAGCUUAUGAAUAUUGGGGCAGCAGCCGCCAUGAAAGCAGGCUACCCUUGCCUCAUACUACAUGAUGUAGACCUUCUGCCUCUGAGGCCGGCCAACUUAUAUGCUUGCACUGAAAGGCCUAGGCAUAUGUCGUCCAGCAUCAAUAAAUUUAGAUUCGUCCUACCAUACUUAAACCUCUUUGGUGGUGCUAUAGCAAUUCUUUCAAAGCAAUUUAAAACUGUAAAUGGUAUGAGCAAUGAGUUCUAUGGAGUGUCUGGUGAAGAUGAUGAUUUAUAUUCUCGGUUAGAGGCAAAUGACCUGAAAGUGUGCAGGUUCCAACCAGAAACAAGUCGCUACCAUAUGGUAUCAUCUAAGGCUGAGAGGAGGUUGGAACAACGAAAAAAACAGUCAAGUUUUACUAAGGAAAGGAUGGCAACAGAUGGUCUAAACUCGUUAAAGUACACAGAGGUCGCCACUGUUCUUCAUCCGCUGUUUACCCAUAUCAUGGUUGACUUGUAGCAUAUCAUUUGAUACUACAAUACUUACAUCCAUUUGAUUAGGUAUUUAAGAGUGGAAAUUAUUCUUACGACUAAUAAUACUAUGGAUCUAUUGAAAAAAUAUAAGGUAUAAAACAUAAAAGGGAUUUUACAUUUAAUUAAGUACCAAAUCAAAUGGAGCUGUCAUAUCACUUGUUCAAUUUCGCUUUAAUUAAAUGAAAUUUUAAGACCACUCUAAAUUAAGUAGCAAGUUAGUAAGCUAGAAUCUUAGAAAGUAAUUCUCCAAAAAUUUACAAACAACUUUCAACUUUAGCUUCAUUAGAAUAGAAUCGAACAAUACCUAGUUAUGUUUAAAAUAAAACUUUUACCUGUAUGUGAAGAGAGACAGGCUUAGAAAUGUCAUUCCACUUGUCAAUUAAAUUAAUAAAUAAGAACUGGUGGUGUAUUAUGAUGUCUUAAAGCCAGAAUGGUUCUGCUGAGGGAACAAGGUCUCGCUAGACGACUUGUAUAGCUCUGUUUCUUUCCCUCAAUGACACCAUUCUGACUUUAGGAAGUCAUAAUAACACCGCAGUAUUUAUUUUCGCUGACUUAAAUUCUCAUUGAAUUUUAGUAAACUAACUAUAAGGGGACAAGCCAAUAUUAUCAUAUUAAACUACUGUCCGAUAUCAUUGGAUAAAAUAUUUGAGACAUUUUAAAAUUGGUGACCAACUUAUUUAUACUCUCUGUACUGAUAGGGCCGUCUGCAACCCCAAUGAUAGUCAAAAAAAAUACUACUCUAAUACUUGAUACUUAGAGGUUGCAUUACUAAAUCUGUCCUCAUCGCAUAAUUAGACAUAAGAAGACCAAAACUGCUAUACCGCUAAUGUUCCUAUUGUCAUUUCAAUCUUAUUAAAGCAAUAAUAAAUAAUAAUGAAACAUUGUGAUAUUCUUGUUGAGGGAUUGAACGAUUUCUGUCCAUAGAAUUCCGUUAGUUAAUUAUUCUAGUGCAAUUACAUCUACAUAAGUCUUAACAUGUUAAAAACUUUAAACUUUUAAAAUUGUUGACUUGUAUUUAAAUUGUUUCUAUGUAUUAGCAAUUGUUUCUAGUCGAAAUGUGUUAAAAUUACUACAUAAGAGGAAUGUGAUCGUUAAGGAGACAAAAGAAUAAUUAUAUUGUCUGGGUUACAUACUUUUCAAUACUAGAAUUAGUUUUAAUUUGUUUCGAUUUUCGCUGUUGAGUGUUGAUGUCACUUGUCUGUGUCUCAGCAUUAAAAAUGUAAAAAGAUCAAUUAUGAAAUAUAAUGGUAUAGUGAAAGAAACAAUAUUGUAAGUAACUAUUGUAAUGUAACGUCAUAUCACUGGGUAACAAAGGAAUUGGGGUGGAAAUAAAAUAAUUGAAUAGAAAAUGUAGGUAAUCAGUAGACUGGUUAGUAGGUAGAGUACCUACGCAAUGGUUUGUUGUGGUUUAAGAAAAUUAUUAUCUAUUAAAUUUAAUAGACAAUUAAUUAAGAAUUACUGAAGUUCUUUUUGUAAGUACAAUUUGUGUGUUGUCUAAAUUAUUUAUCUACAUAAUGUUGAUACAGAGUAGUUUAUAAAAUAUAUUAUGAAAUAAAAACUUAGCCGUCCGACAAUAGAAAAUACUAAUUUAUUCAAACAAUGUACCUACUUAUACAUUUUGCAAUAACUCGCAAAACCGAAUUUUCGAUUCAACUUGUACUCAUUGACUUAUUUUGUUCAUUUUAGAAUUAGCAGUAGCCUAAUAGCAGAGCUAGUGCAAUUGCUCAAAAUCACGCGAGUAACUUCCUUACCUACCUAUUUAUAAUCACUACAACACUUUGGUAGCGAAUAAAACAGUUACAAGAAACUACUUGUUUUGUUAUUUUUAACCUGAUUAGGUAUUUGUAAACUAAUUGUAGAGGACUAGCAGUAGAAGUCUGUUUGUUGUAGUCGUAGCACUAGUGGUAGAAUAAUAUUUUAUGUUAUAAAUAUGGGAAUGUUAACUUAGAUAGUAAAACAACAGUGUUUUGAUUGAUUUUUAGAUAUAUUUGGCAUGAACAUUUUCACAGCAGGUGGUCCCAAAUCACAAGGGGGGGAAUCUAAUAAAAAUACAUGGUUAUAUCUGUGGAAUAAGUAUUGGUAAAGUUUUGUCAUAAUAUUUACAACAUUAAUUUAUAAAAUACUUAUUUUUACCGACAUUAAACAUUGAAUGUAAUGUUUGUGGGAACUAUACAUAAGUAUAUUACAUUACAAUAACAUUAUUGUAGAAAUUACAUCAAGAUAUUUACAUGAGAACAAUUCUAGCCUGCCUAUGUAACAUCACCAAUUUACAAAAACAUAUAAUUUAAAACUACUUUCACAUACCAUAAAAAUACAUUGAUAAAAGCCAUUUAGCUUUAAAAGCAAGGUACACCUGAAGUUGUAAUUUUUAUGUAAAACGCAAACCCUAUAGUUAGCACCUACCUAAAAGUUAAAUCACAAUGAAUGUAGUUUUUGCACCAUGCGCCUAUCACAAAUUAAGACUCAAACAAAGGAACCUAAAAAUUACAAGAAUAUAGCACUCAAUAUUUAAAAAUAAUCACAAUUUAAAAUUAUACUAUUUCCAUUUAUUCGUCAGAUUAAAUAUUUUAAUAUUCAUAGUUUCACCACACCAAUUAAUUUUAUUUUUAAUUUUAGAUUACUUGAAAGUAAAAAAUAAACCUGAUCAAUUCAACCGCUUAUUAUUCACCCAUGUAUUACUAUACUCUAUGUGUUCACCAAUGAGUAUGGCAACACCUUUGUAAUACAAUAUAAAAUAUGUUUUUCUAAUAACCAUCGUGAGACAUACUAAAUUAAGUAAAAUUGCGGGUUACUCAC